UGUUAACUCAAUGCCGGAGCGACAUUACAACUUCCCUCUUGAGUUGGCCCAUUUGGUUUCAUCGUGACGUGUAACACCGGGUAGUCCGUCAACAUGAGCAGUUUGUAAAAACGAAGUUUGCUAGUUCUGUUUAGAGCAAAAUGAAGUGAAUUUCGGGGUUGAAGACGGUCUUACAGCUCGCGUUGGGUCACUUCCGGUAGCAAUAAUGCCUGUGUUGUUGGGAAGAGGAGCUAACAGAAGUCUGCUGCUCCCACUCGCCGCCGCGCUGUUGCUGUCGAUCGGAGUUGCUGCCAUUCAGGAGGAGGAGAAAGCGGCACAGGAACAGCCGCAAAAGGAGAAAGCCACCAGUCCCCAUCCAGUGGGGCCGAUCGUUACUGAGAAUGGCGCCUCCAGCAAAGGGAACCUGGGUUUUAUCCACGCCUUCGUGGCCUCCAUCUCUGUCAUCAUCGUCUCAGAGUUGGGAGACAAGACGUUUUUCAUCGCAGCCAUCAUGGCCAUGCGUUACAACCGCCUCACCGUGCUGGCAGGGGCAAUGCUGGCUCUGGGGGUUAUGACUUGUCUGUCAGUAUUGUUUGGCUACGCCACCACGAUCAUCCCUCGAAUCUACACCUACUACGUAUCCACCGCACUGUUUGCCAUCUUCGGGGUGCGCAUGUUGAGAGAGGGGCUGAAAAUGAGUCCAGACGAAGGGCAGGAAGAGCUCGAGGAGGUGCAAGCAGAGAUCAAGAAGAAAGAUGAGGAACUCCAGCGCUCCAAGCUGGCCAACGGCACUCCAGACGUGGAGGCGGGAGCAGGAACCCCCGUACCUCAGUCCAAGUGGCACAAGCUGAUCUCGCCGAUUUUCAUCCAAGCCUUCACGCUCACCUUCCUGGCAGAGUGGGGGGACCGCUCACAGCUGACCACCAUCAUUCUAGCUGCCAGAGAGGAUCCAUUUGGAGUUGCAGUAGGUGGAACAGUGGGCCACUGUUUGUGUACAGGACUGGCUGUGAUUGGAGGCAGAAUGAUUGCUCAGAAGAUUUCUGUGAGGACAGUUACCAUCAUCGGAGGGAUUGUAUUUCUGGCGUUCGCCUUAUCUGCCCUUUUCAUCAAGCCAGAAUCUGGACUUUAAUUGGUGGACAAAGAGGAAACUGUUCAUUCUGUAAAUACGUGUAAGAGUUGACCAACUCGCUGGAAAGAGACUUUAAUUUGGAUUCAGAAUUUGGUGUAUCUCUUGAGUCCCAGCAGCUUUUUGUCCACGUUGAUUUUUUUGAGGCCAUUUCCAUUGUAGACGUCAAGAAGUCGCAUAACGGUAGACAAGCGGACUUCCUAAUAAAAACUGAAAAGCACCUCGUACAACCUACUUUUUCUAGAAAAGCAUUUGUCCGUGACUCGGGUGAAUUAGAAAACGAGGAGUGCAUUCCUCCACAGGUUCAAAUAGAGGCACAUCACAAUGCCGGGAAGAGCAGCUGCUCCCUCAACGAGUCGUUCUACCUUUCGUCAAAGAGCAGAGACCUCACGCUGCCCCCCAUUUUAACGUUUUAUUUGGUGCAACAGAAUCAUUGAGUUACUGUGGCUGCAGCCAGAAGGGAAACUGUAGUUGCUCGCUCUUAAGAGCUUUAUUCACAUCUGGAACAGUGUUGAAGAAACCCUACACUAGACCCAACAGCAGACCUCUUGACUGUACACGCCUGUGUAUCAAACUGAACCUGACAUGCACUACUUUUCUCCACAUUGUAGGCUCACUGUAGGCAGUCACAGCUUUCAGUUUGCAUGGUGCAGUACAGUACUGUCCUGCUGGACCUCCUUUACUUUGAUCAGUAAUAAUAAAAAGUAGUAGAGUAACGAGGUCAGUGGUUCUCAUCUGGAUAACAUGUUAUGCAAAAAAAAAAACAACAACCCAAAAACAUGAAAUUGUUGGAGAAAUAGUUUGGUUGCUUUUAAAUGUUUAGUUCUAUAUUAUUUUUAUUCAAACUUUUAUUUUUGACUUCCACACCAUGCUUUUUGCCUGCUCCAGUUUAAAAUGUUUUAAUUCAAACAGCGUCAGUAUUUUCCAUUGUACUGCAUAGAGAGACCGACCCAAACCACUUUUAAUACCUCUGGCGUCUAAGCACAGUUUUUGUACGGUUUUUUUGUAUGUUUGGGUUUAUUUCUAAACAAGCAAACCAAAAGAGAUUCACUGAUUCUUAAAGGUAAAUUUUUUUCUGAGUAGUUCCCAGUGAAAAUUAACAGAAUGAGUUGUUUUUGCUGAAGAAUGGCCAGUCGGCAUUUAUUGUGUCAUGAAGUCAGUGUAACGGAAGAGAAAAACAAACGCAUCAGGUAAAGAAUCAGCGACUCACUCCAUCUUAGACACUUACAAAUCAUAGAACGCUGCGUCAAUACAACGUAGUUUCACCCUUUUUGUUUAAAGUUGUGUAUUUAUUUAGCUUCAUUUACUUUAAUUGUGUGGUCUGUACACAAAGUGGGAGAUGUUUCUGUAUGUGGGGUGCGGUGUUUUUUUUUUUUUUUUCCAUUUUACUGAACGGGUUUAAGUUGUGCUGUCAAUAUUUGACAGGCUUUUACCCAGCUGUGAAACAGUUUGAUUUGAUGAAAUGUCUAUAAACUUAGAAUUCAUUUUAAAAUAAAGUGUAUCGUCUUA